GUCACAUUCACACACUCAAUUUUACGAUAUCUUUUGUUUCCAUUUAUUAUUUCUGUCACAUGUUGAAGACGAUCGGUACGAUAUGUACGGUUAAUCACAGACGCCGUCGUGAUAAGUUGUUCGCUCGAAUCAUCUAGCUAUCGAUUGCAGCACGCAACAAAAUCCAACAACAUUUUUAUGAUUGUAUUAAUCUCAGGUAUUAUUCGAAUCUUUUUUCUUUGGAUCUGGUCUCUUCUUUUAAUGAGCUAUUUUUGCGUGGUAUUUCGCUUAAAUCAAUUAUCCGCGUUGCAACCCUCCCGGAAUCAAUACGGCUUUGAAGUAUACAUAUAUAACAACGAUCACACGGUACGCGACGGCUCGCGCGCUCGCUAGACUGCAACUGCCAUUCUAACUUUAGAAACGGCCUGUCCGAGUAACGUACCGCGUCUGACUCGUAGAAUAGAAAUUGUAAAAUAGGAAUAGCACCGUGGCACGGUGCUACGGCGAACUUGAACGUGAAGUUUUUCUCCAAAUGGCAAUAUGCGUUUAAUGGAAUAUCACUGUGUCGUUUGCUGCAACAGAACGUGAAUGAGGAGAUCAAGCAUGCAGUCUGUACGGUUGCUAUCAGGAUACAACAUGCCCAUGGUGGGACUCGGUACAUGGCAGGCAAAACCAGAGGAAAUCGAAACCGUCGUGAGCAGCGCUCUGCGAUGCGGUUACAGACACAUCGAUACGGCGAUGAAUUAUCACAACGAGGAAGCAAUCGGCAAAGCUUUGAAGAAAUGGUUCGAGCAAGGCGGUAGCCGAGAGGAGUUGUUCGUCACGACGAAGUUGCCCCACUUCGGUAAUCGGCCAUCCGACGUGGAAAAAUUCAUUAAAUUGUCAUUGGGAAAGCUUGGACUGGAUUACCUGGAUAUGUACCUGGUUCACAUGCCCUUUGCCUUCAAAAUGGACGGGGAAACGUGUGCUGCAGCGACUCGCGAAGAUGGCAGUUACAUGCUCGAUCUUGAUACGGAUCCUGUCUCGGUGUGGAAGAAAAUGGAAGAGCAAGUGAAAUCAGGGCGCACCAGAUCCAUAGGCUUGAGCAACUUCAACGCGCAGCAGAUCUCGACCAUCUGGAAGAACGCACAAAUCAAACCGAGCAAUCUGCAGGUGGAGUUGCACGCGUACAUGCAGCAAAAAUCAAUUCGGGAAUUGUGCAAGGAGCAUAACAUCAUCGUGACGGCAUACAGUCCGCUGGGCUCGCCAGGUGCGAAGACACAUUUCCAAACAAAGUACAAUUACACUUUCGAGGAAUUUCCCGAUCUAUUGAACCAUCCGGUCGUUCAACAAAUUGCCAUGACGCAUAAGAAAACGACAGCGCAAAUCCUGCUGCGUUACCUGCUGCAACUCGACGUUGUGAUUAUUCCGAAAAGUUCGUCCCCGGAGAGACUCGAAUCGAACAUCGACCUGUGCGACUUUAACUUGGCGGAAGAAGACAUGAAACUUCUGGCUACCUUGGAUAAAGGCUUUAAUGGGCGAAUCUUCAAUUUCUUAUUUUUCAAGGGGGUCGAAGAUCAUCCGGAUUAUCCAUUUAGAGAUGAGCUUCCGUAAUCGAAUCGUCGAGACUCAACAUCCGAAUCAUUAGUUCGUGUCAAAAUAGUUGACGAAGAAUAGCGUACGAAAGAAGCACAAUACGUGACAAACGUAUCAUCUAAUUAUCGUGCAUCGAAGACGUUUCUGUUAAUCUUCAGUGCAAUCUGUACAACAUUUUACGUUGCAAGCGAUGUUGAAGCUCACCGCGACGUAUCAUUUUUACCUGCUAAUGAUCCAGACAUCGCAGCCUCUAACGUAGAUACUUGGAAGAGCCUUAAAGCCUCGUUAACAUGGACCUCGGUAGCGAAUGGUUGCAUCUGCAUCUUGGCCAGGGCCUCGGACAUUCGUAUGACGGCUUCUAGCUGCCGGACUGUGAUGGGUAUAGACAAUCUUUUCUCAGCGUCCUUCUCGUGCUCUCUCGUACCAGCUCGCAUCAUCACGUAACGAUUCUUUAGCUUCUCUCCCGCCUCCGCGUCUAGUCUCGGACCGCAACGCCUAUUAGAAAAAAAAGCCAGAAUAAAGUGCACGUUUUAUUU